UGCGAGAUAAAUUUGUGAUUUUUUGUGUGAUAGUGAGCACUAACUAGAGACGUCUAACCUGAAAAAUUCAUAAAGAUAGCUUGAGAGGAACUGGAGUUAUUAAACUUUUACAUCAAGGGAAUACAACGGUACAAUAAUUUUGCAAUUCACUCAUAUAUAUACGGUUAUUUUUUAAAGUUAUAUCACAAAUGGUACAAAAUAAUUCUGUGUUAUUCAAUGUAAUAUAUCACGGUUGAUAAGUUUACGUGUUUGGCUCACUUUCUUCAACCUAUGUAGAUUAUCUCAAGCAUUUCAAUCGUAAUUUGUUUUGCUGAUGUGAGCAUGUGAACCAGGCGUCGCCAUUGGUAGUACAUCACGUAACCCAUUGGUGAUUAUAAUCGCUGUUGUUUUCGUCAGACAACAACACAGUAUAAUAAAAUUCGAGAAUUAUUUUUCUCAUUAAACAUUGACAUCAUCUGAAAAGCGAAAUAAAUCAACAUUAUUUGAUGAAGAUGAUGUUGAUCGAGAUCGUACUAAAAAAGCUGUACAAAUUCGUGUCAACGAUAUACCCGAUAUUGAUAAAUACGUAUUAAAUCUUACAUGGGAAAAACUUCAUGAUAUCAUCAAAUUAUUCCUACAAGUAGCGGAUGGUAUUGUAAAUGUAUCAAAUAUCGAAGAAAAAUUGAAAGUUAUUUCAAAUGAUUGUCCACCAUUGAUGUAUAAACACGUAAUAUAUGAUUUAUAUUAUGAUGAUAAUAAUCUAUUAAAAAAAUAUUUCUUUAUUUUUUUAUCAAUUUUCGUUAAUAAACAUUAUCAUUUUAUUGAAGAAAAUACUAAAUUAGAUAAUAUUAACUUAUGUAUAUUUUUACGUUUAAUCGAUGAAGAUAAUAUUAUUCACAAAUUCGAACUAAUCAAUAAUGGUCAUUUAGAUUUAUCGUCCUAUUUUUCACUUAUAGGUACAUUUUUAAUUAUAAUAAUAUCACAUAGAACAAUAACAACAUACGAUUUAUGUCUAUUUUCAACAAUAUUACAAGAUGAUAUUAUUAAUAAAAAUAUUUCGUAUUGGCCAAUAUUAAAAGAUUUUAUUAAAUUAUUUCGUACUAUUUUACAUACUGAAUUUGUUGAACAUAUUUAUUAUGAAUUAAUCAAUGAUGAAAUAGAAUCAACAAAUACUCUUGAUAUUGUUCGUUUUAAAGGUAAAAAAAUUAAUCACACACAAAUUAGUUAG